UGGGCGUACAGUACAAAGGAGGAAAUCAUGCGGACAGCGAAGAAGAGAAGGGAGAAGGAGAAAGUCGUCGUGGGUUCCAAGCGCUGCUAGCAACCGAAAAUGGCGGACUAACUGUUAUAUACAAAUAUAUAUAUAUAUAUGUAUAUAUAUCUAUUGUGUGUGUAAUGUGUAUAUGUGUAUACAUUUAUGUCUCAUAGGGCUUGGUGGAUCCGAUUCUCUGUUUUUCUCUAUCUCCUCUGACACAGCAAUUACGCGAAUGCAUAGAGCUGGACUUUUUUCACUUUUGGGAAUGAAUUGGAUUGGUUUUAAAUAAGAUUCUUGCUUAUGGGCUGUGGCAAUGAUUGAUAGCUGUUGAGGGAAAAGAUAUGGAUUCGGCAAAGAGUUGGUUUCAGAAGUUUCAGCAGCGAGAUCGGUUGAGGUCUUCGACUAAGAAGAGGGAUUCCCCUCCACCAUUUGGAAGUGAUGAGUCGAAUCCUCUAUCGGCCGAAGAAGCAUCCACUAUCACAAAGCAGAAGGCCGCUGCAGCAAAGCAGUACAUAGAGAACCAUUACAAGGAGCAGAUGAAGAACCUACAGGAGAGGAAGGAGCGGCGAAAUUUACUGGAGAAGAAAUUAGCUGAUGCUGACGUGUCUGAGGAAGAUCAAAAUAACCUAUUAAAAUUUUUGGAAAAGAAGGAGACAGAAUACAUGCGCCUUCAGAGGCAUAAAAUGGGUGUUGAUGAUUUUGAGUUACUGACAAUGAUUGGAAAGGGUGCAUUUGGGGAGGUGAGAGUCUGUAGAGAAAAGACAACAGGUCAUGUUUAUGCAAUGAAAAAGCUUAAGAAAUCAGAGAUGCUUCGUAGAGGCCAGGUUGAGCAUGUGAAAGCUGAGAGGAAUCUCCUUGCGGAGGUGGACAGCAAUUGCAUUGUCAAACUUUAUUGUUCUUUCCAAGAUGAAGAGUUUUUGUAUCUUAUCAUGGAAUAUCUACCCGGUGGAGAUAUGAUGACUCUACUCAUGAGAAAGGAUACCUUGACUGACGAUGAAGCCAGAUUUUAUAUCGCAGAAACAGUUUUAGCUAUUGAAUCUAUCCAUAAGCAUAAUUACAUUCACAGAGACAUCAAGCCUGAUAACUUACUACUUGAUAAAUUUGGUCACUUGAGACUAUCAGAUUUUGGACUAUGUAAACCUUUAGACUGUAGUACUCUCCAAGAGAAGGAUUUUUCUCCGGACAGCUUCAAUGGAAAUUCACAAAGUGGUGAACGCCCUGCAGCUGAAAUACGCACACAACAAGAGCAAUUACUGCAUUGGCAGAAAAACAGGAGGACGCUUGCUUAUUCCACUGUUGGAACUCCUGACUAUAUUGCUCCAGAGGUUCUUCUGAAGAAAGGUUAUGGGAUGGAAUGUGAUUGGUGGUCACUUGGUGCUAUCAUGUAUGAAAUGCUCGUGGGCUAUCCACCUUUUUAUUCUGAUGAUCCUAUGUCAACAUGCAGGAAGAUAGUAAACUGGAGAACCCAUCUAAAGUUUCCGGAAGAAGCAAAUUUAUUUCCAGCAGCAAAAGAUCUUAUUAGUAAACUACUUUGUAAUGUCAAUCAGAGGCUGGGUUCAAAAGGCGCAGAUGAAAUAAAGGUUCAUCCAUGGUUUAAAGGUAUCGACUGGGAUAGAUUAUAUCUAAUGGAAGCUGCAUUCAUUCCUGAGGUCAAGGAUGAGUUGGAUACUCAAAACUUCGAAAAGUUUGAGGAGUCUGACAACCAAACUCAAAGUUCAUCAAAGGCAGGUCCAUGGAGAAAGAUGAUCUCAUCCAAAGACAUUAACUUUGUAGGGUACACAUAUAAGAACUUCGAAAUCGUCAAUGACUAUCAGCUGCCUGGGAUGGCUGAAUUGAAGAAAAAAAAUACCAGACCAAAACGGCCAUCCAUUAAGUCACUCUUUGAGGACGAACCAGAUAACUCAGAUGCAGAUUCUAAUCAACCCACGCAAGGGAGCUUUUUGAAUCUCUUGCCUCCCCAACUAGAAGUUUCCGAGAAACAGAAUGAUACCCCGUAACCCUGCUGACCUGUCUGUACCAUCCGAAGGCAAAGCUCCAGCCCUUGAAAUGAAGUGCAAUUUGACUUUUGUGUGAAUGGAAAAUGUUCUUUGUUCCCCUUGUACAAUUGGUUUAUUUGGUAGGACCUCGAGGCUUCAUCAAAGGGCUUGAUAUCAAAGGUUUUGAAUCUGCCAAUCUGAAAUGAGCCUACUUAGGUCAUAGUCUCAGUAUUUUUUUUCAAAAGAGAUGAGAGGCAAAUCCUAAUUUAUGUGAUUUGUAAUCUAUUUUUUCCCCCUUAAAAUUUCUAAGUGAAAAAUGUUAGAUGAACACAAAAUAACAUACCCCACCAAUACUGCAACGAAAUGUUGUAUUUUUCCAUUAAUUAGUACUGAUAAUGAGACAAUUUAUUAUA